AUGGCAGUGUCUGCUUGGCAUGUCCUGUGUUUCCUGGUCCUGUGCCUCCGGCAGGACACCCUGGGCCAGCUGAACUUGACCCAAAUGGAUGAGGUCCUGGCGGCGCCCACCAGGGACCUGCCCCGAUUGAGUCUCUGGCUUCGGAAGAGUAAACAGCACCAGGACGAAGCCAAUCCCUAUGUCCAGUGGUUCCUGCACCGCUCCAACCUGUCACUGGAAGUCCAGACCUACGAGGAGCACGAGGACUGGCUGGAGGAUCCCUUCGGCAGGGAUAAUCAUGCCUUGGUCGUGAGUCUAGACCUGAUCCUGAGCAACCAAGGAGCGGCUGGUCCCACCGAGAAGGCGGCCAUGUUCUUCUACAUCCUGGAGGACCAGACCCGGGACCUGACUCUCGACGAACAGGCCAUGCUGGAGGACAGUUGCCGCCAGCUGUGGAUGCUCCACAAGAUCUACAAUCGCUUCGUCCUGGCCAGGGACUCCAUUUGGAUCUACGAUCCAUUCCAGCAUCGUGACGCGUCCUUUGGCCAACUGAUUCGCUAUGAUGGGGAGGAGCCUUUGAACAAGUUGCUCUUCCACGACAUGCAGGGGUAUCCUUUGCGCAUCCAGAUGUUCAGAUCCGUGUACACCAGGCCGGAAAUGGAUCCGGACACGGGUCUCUUGGUGAGAGUCACAGGAGUGGACUUCCUGGUGGCCCAAAUGCUCCAGGAGCGUCUCAACUUUACGAUGUUACUCCAGCAGCCGGAUAAGAAUUAUUUUGGGGAACGAAGCGCCAAUGGAAGCUAUAAUGGCGCCAUAGGAUCCAUCGUCAACGAUGGCCUGGACAUCUGCCUGACGGGAUUCUUCGUCAAGGACUACCUGGUGCAGCAGUACAUGGACUUCACGGUGGCCGUCUACGACGAUGAGUUGUGCAUCUACGUCCCGAAAGCCAGUCGGAUUCCCCAGUCCAUCCUGCCCAUCUUCGCCGUCGGCUAUGACAUCUGGCUGGGCUUCGUCCUGAGUGCCUUUGGGUGUGCCAUGAUCUGGUUGAUCCUGCGGAUCAUCAACCUGAAGCUCAGGAUCAGGGAUAGAAGCAAUCGGCACUUGCUCCGGCAGGCCCUGGCCAUCGUGGUGGACACUUGGGUGGUCUGGGUGAGGGUCAACUUGUCCCACCUGCCGGCCAGUUACGCCGAAAGGAUGUUCAUCGGGUCCUUGUGCCUGGUGAGUGUCAUCUUUGGGGCCAUUUUUGAGUCCAGUCUGGCCACUGUCUACAUCCAUCCGCUGUACUACAAGGACAUCAACACCAUGCAGGAGCUGGACGAGAGCGGCCUGAAGGUCGUCUACAAGUACACCUCCAUGGCGGAUGACCUGUUCUUCAGUGAGACCUCCCCGCUCUUCGCCAGCCUGAACAAGAAGCUCUCCUGGAACAGGAAUCUCUAUGCGGACGUGAUCGAUGACGUGGCCCGGAAUGGUGGCAAGGCGGGAGUAUCUCGCUACACCUCCCUCACCCUGGAGUCCUCCCACUUUAUGCUCCUCCGUAAGAUCUGGGUCGUCCCGGAGUGCCCCAAAUAUUACACCAUUUCUUACGUAAUGCCGAGGGACUCCCCAUGGGAGGAUGCCAUAAAUGCUCUCCUCCUGAGACUCCUGAACUCGGGACUCAUUGUGAAGUGGAUCCAGGAUGCCAAGGCCCGGGUGGACAUCAAGAUGGGAUUGACCUUCAUGGGCGGGGACUCGGAUGCGGAUCUCCUGAGAGUCCUGACCAUCGGAGACCUGCAAUUGGCCUUCUAUGUGGUGAUUGGCGGGAAUCUGUUGGCCUUUUUGGGAUUUUUUGUGGAGCACUUUUGGCAGAGAUUGUUGAAAAAGGACAUCCUAUCUAGGAAGUUUAUAUAA